AUGAAGAGAAGAGAAUAUUUGACUAACAAAUGUAUCUUCCUAUGCUGCAAUAAACUAAGAAAUAUUUUUUUGUGGAGCAAAGAAAAAAUAAGAAUAUAUGAAAACAUAAUUAAAAAAGUUGAAAAUGAUAGAAUAAUUUCUUAUCCUAUUGAUAAGAAUUAUAUCGAUUUUUUUUAUAUAUCUUAUAAACUUAAUAAUUUAAUAAACACAACAAAAAAGAAUUUAAAAUUAAAUGAUGAUAUAUUAGAUACAAAAAAAUUGGUUGAAAAAUGUUUGAACUUAUAUUAUUUGUUAUUAUCAAAUAUUAAAUUAAAGAGAGCACAUUUUUUAAAAAAAAGGAUAAUAGAAUAUAGUGAAUAUAACAUAAGGUCCUUAAUAGAUAAGAAGGUUAUAAAAAUGAUAGAUCAAAAAAUGUUGCCAUAUAACAUACGUAUAAAAAAGGAAGAAUCUGUAGAAAAUUUAUUCAGGCAGAUAAACGAGGACUGUUCUAUUUAUUUAAAGAAGAUAAAUAAAGUGAAAAUGAGACAUUUGUUUAUUCCUGUGAAUAAAAUAAAUAUGAGCGAUGAAUGGAAGAAUAAAUACAAAUAUUUUUUAAAUAAGAAUAUGUUGAAAAUACCUGUAAGCAAACACAAUUAUGAAUUUCUACUCUCUGCAAUAAAUGAUUCUGAGAUAAGAAAAGAAGUUCUGUUUUUAUUAAACGAUCCAUAUAAACACUUGAACUUAGAAAAAGAUAUAAUAAAUAUAUUAAAGAAAAGAUAUGAUUUGUCUAACAUGUUAGGAUAUGAGAAUUGGAUCCAUUAUUGUAUGGAUGAAUAUACAAGUGAAAAAAAUAAUUAUAAAGAUAUUAAAGAAUUCUUUGAUAUAAUUAAAAAGAAGAUAAAUAUAGAUUAUAAUAUGAUAAAUGGGGAUAUAGAAUUGUAUAUGAAUAAAAUGAAUGGAAAUUAUAAUAAUGAUGAUAUAAAAAAAAAAAAAAAAAAAAAAGCUCAAAAUGGAAAGGAAAAAGGAGAUAUAUUUUUAUCUGACAAUAGGAAUAAAUAUAUAAAUAAAAGUAAUAAUAAUAAUAAAAAUAAUAAUAAUAAUUAUUAUUAUUAUUACCACAAUAUUUAUAAUAAUCCUACUUUUGAUUGUGAAGAAAAAGGUGAUGGUCGUUGUGAUAAUUCAUUUUAUGGAUGCGAGAAAAAGAAGAUUUGUUUAUAUGACUGGUAUUAUUAUUACAACUUGAUGAAGAACAGAAUUGAUGAAUAUGAAAUUAAUAAAUAUUUUCCACAGAGAUAUGUAUUAGAUAAUUUUAUAAGAAUAUUAUCAGAGAUAUAUAAUUUUUAUUAUACUAGAAUAAAUAAUAAAGAAUUAGAAAGAAAGUGGAAAAAAGAUACUAUAAUAUAUAGAAUUGAUGUAAAAGGCAAAAAAAGUAAUAAUUUAUUAGAUUCUUUUUUAGGUUAUAUAUAUAUAAUACCAUAUAUAGAUAUUAAUUUUAAAGAUUAUUUUAGAAUAAGUAAUAUAAAUAGUUUGUCUAAUACUUAUGUAAUAUGUAAUGGUCAUGUUGUAAUAAAUUGUAAUUUUAUGCGUACUAUUCCUAUAGAAGAAAAAUUAUUUAGUAUAUCUGAAAUUGUUAGUUUAUUUCAUGAAUUUGGCCAUGCCUAUCAUUUAUUAUUAUUAUCAAAUAAAUAUAGAUUAUAUAAUUUAAAUAAUAUUCCUUUAGAUUAUGCUGAAUUUUUUUCACAUAUGAAUGAAUAUCUAACUAAUAAUUAUAAUAUUAUAUAUAAUUUAUCAAAUGAAAGAAAUGAUAAUUCCAAAAUAAAUAAAAAUAUUUUUAAUUCUUUUAAAUUUGAUAAAUUAAGAUUAUCACAUAUAUAUAUACAAUCAAUUAUUGAUUAUAAUAUACAUAAUAUAAAUCCAUAUACUUUUUUUAAAAACAACAACAAUAAUAAUAAUAAUAUUGACCAUGAUAAAGAUUUAUUAUAUAAUUUUUAUGAUAUGAUAAAAAAUGAAUUUCCAUAUAAUAUACAUUCAUUUAAUUAUAAUUUACACUCAACUAGCUUUCCUUAUCAUUUUUCAUCAUUAUAUGCAGGAUCUGUUCUUAGUUAUCUACUUGCUGAAGUUAGAGUGCGUCUUUUUUUUUUAAAUCAACCAGAAUUCUCAUUACAAAAAAACAAAUCCUUAUAUUCAUUUCAAAAAAAAUUUUAUGAUUUCAUAUCUAUUAAUUUUAUGGAACAAAAUAAUUAUCCAUCUAUAAUUCAUCAUGUUCUAAAAAACAAAAAUGAAAUAUUACAAUAA